GGCAUCGGAGCAGGCGAAGGCGAAGGCGUCCGUCGAACAUUGGGGGUCUCAUGACAUUCGUGCGACGCGACAAAAGCUGCGAGAAUGAAGUACAUGAAACUGGGAACAAAGCCAGACAUAUUCUACACAGAAGAAGCAGUGAGGUCAGUUUUGUCAGAUGUACCUACUGAUCUCAUCAUACAUAUCAACAACACCAAGUAUUUAUUGCAUAAGUUUCCACUUCUUCUGAAGUGCGGCCUCCUGCAACGGUUAUGCUCUGACACUGAUGAUGAGGGGAGUCAUCCUAUACCGAUCGCACUUCACGAAAUCCCGGGAGGGGAAGAGGCCUUUGAGCUCUGUGCCAAGUUCUGCUACGGGAUUGCUAUCAAUGUCAGCGCGCACAACUUCGUGCAAGCCAUCUCAUCUGCAAGGUUUUUACGGAUGACAGAGUCGGUUGCCAAGGGUAACUUGGUAAUGAAGCUUGAGUCAUUCUUUGAUUCGUGCAUUCUUCAAGGUUGGAAGGACACGAUCACGACAUUGGAGGCAGCAUGGAAGCUAUCGGGGUGGUCGGAGAAUAGGAUUGUGCAGCCCUGCAUGGAUUCAAUUGUCGAGAAAAUCCUAAUUCACCCCUCGAAGGUCACAUGGUCCUACACAUAUACCAGGCCAGGCUAUAAUAAAAAGCAGCAUCCAUCCGUACCUAAGGAUUGGUGGACUGAGGACGUUGCAGAGCUCGACCUAGACCUCUUCCGAUCGAUAAUCUCCACUGUACGAUCAACAAAAACAAUCCCACCACCACUCAUUGGGGAAGCGCUCCAUGUCUACACCUGCAAGCACCUACCAGAUCCAUUGGAAGCUCACAGUUCAACCCAAUCCUCUGCAUCUCGAGCCGAAGAAACCCUAGCCAAGCAGCGCCGCAUUCUUGAAUCAAUUGUUGGUAUGAUCCCGGGCGAACCCGGCUCAGUUUCAUGCAGAUUCCUGCUAAGGCUACUCAAGGUGGCUAAUUAUGCUGGUGCUUCUGCCUCCACAAAAGCCGAGCUCAUCAGGCGAGCAGGACGCCAACUAGACGAAGCAGAACCAACCGAUCUGCUCAUUCCAUUACCUUCAGAUCCUCAAUCUUAUGAUGUUGGGGCAGCAGAGGCAGUGCUGGAAAAUUUCUUGGCGCAGUUCCGGCGGCCAAUGGCCCCUGAAGAGAACCGGAGAUUGAAUGAGGCGAUGGAGAAGGUGGCAAAGACCUUCGACUCGUACUUGCAAGUCGUUGCGGGUGUUCCUGAUCUACCGUUGGCAAAGUUCAUCGAUCUUGUGGAAUCAUUGCCUGAAAUAGCACGGAAGGAUCAUGAUGGGAUCUAUCAGGCCAUUGAUACUUACCUCAAGGAGCACUCAGAGCUGGGCAAGGAAGAGAAAAAGAGCCUCUGCCGGAUGAUUGACUGUCGAAAACUGUCGCCAGAGAUACGCGCACAAGCUGUAACCAAUGAUCGGAUGCCCUUACGCACAAUAGUGCAGCUCCUCUUCCUUGAGCAUGAGAGGAGUGGCAGAGCCAGCGGCAGCCAAGGAUCUCCUCUCGAUCGAACUUCAGUUGAUAUUUUGAGCACCAGGAUAGCAAAGCAAGAAUCAAGAAAAGCGGAACGAGGAUCGGAAGGGCAUCGACCGAGAGGAGAGCCAACAGAGCAUGAAAGGACAGCAAGUGUCGGAAUGACAAGAUCUUUAUCAGUAUCUAAACAGGUAAACGAGGAGAUCGCAGAUGACAAAAGUGGUGGAAUGGGUAGAAAAUCAAAAACCAAGUGAAGUAUAGCUAAACAAGAGAAAAAGUGCCUAUGAGAACGCCUAAAUAAUCUCUCUACACUAAAAAUUCCAAAUACUCUUUCUAUCUUUCAACACUAGAAAUUUUAAUUUGAUAAUACUUGAAAAGGAUUCUUUUCCUUUUUCCUUUUCUUCGAUUGUUGGAUAGAAAUUGAAGAUAUGAAGAGCUUGUUUGGAAUGUACAUUUGUAAUUAAUUGAGUGGUUAAUAAAUGUACAUCAGUAUAACUCAAAAGUUGAUUUCAGAGUAACUUUUCAUUUUUCAUUUU